AUGAAGAUAACUGGUCUCUUACUCAUCUCGUUAUGGAGUUUCUCCUGGGCUCGUCCUGUAUCUAGACACCCAGGUGCACACCACAGCAACUCCAAAGAACACUGGUCUAUUUCAGUUGAAGAAGGCUUGAACAGGAGAGCUGAUUCCACAGAUCUUAGCAAUGAAGAUGCUGGAGACAGACUAAGCUCAAGCACGGAAGACAGAAGAAGAGAUCUUGGUGACAACAGCUGUGAAAGUUGUGAAAGCAACAGCUUCCCCAGGGAGGUUUCCAGCAGUAGCCUUGAGAGCUUUUCAGAAGCUCAUGAAUGGAGCACUCAGGACAAUGAGGAGAGAGGUUAUUUUGGACAUCAGAUGAUCCAUAGGAAAAGGGCAGACAACAAGGAUUCCCACUAUCACCAAAAGGAAAUAAAUAAGGAGAACUCUGAUGACGAAUCUGCUGGCAGAAUGUCAUUGGAGGACCGAAGCGAAGGCCAUCUUUUUGGGGUUAACAAAGAAUCCAAAGAACAGUUUGAUGUUGAGAAUGAUGGCAUGGUUUAUACUCCAGAACAAGUCCUUUAUACUUUUGUGGAGAAAGGGGGAAGUGAUCUAACAGCUGAAGAAGAUACCAGUGGUGAUGACUCUUUAGCUGGAAAUAAUGAUGAAGACCCUGGGUACACUAAAUCUCCAAGUGAGGCAGAUGCUCUGCGACCUCCAGCAACUCAUGGAGACCAAGAUGGUGGUCAUACCGGAGGCCGACAUUCUGAUGAUAGUAGCAGCAGUAGCAGUAGCAGCAGUGAAAGCAGAAACUUUGAGAAAGAGGACAAUCACAUUAUUGAUUAUGGCAGAAGGCAUGGAAGUGAUAGUUACAGUAGCAGCCAAGAGGACAGAUAUGGUUUUCAAAGUGAAGAAAUGCAAGGAGAUGAGCCAAGGACUUUUGAGAGCCAUGACAGUGAUUCCCACAUGCUUCCUGAGGUGAUUCAUUCAAAAGAAAGCAGCCAAGAAAUCCAUAGCAAUAGCAAAGCAGUAGAACAUUCUGAAAGAAAAGCAUACCAUUUUGUUGAUGGUGAUUCAGAUGAAGAUAACAGCCCUGAAUAUGAACAGAACAAAUCCUUGAAAGAAGAUGAUGAUAAUUCUGAAGUAGACAGCCAACUUGUAGAAGAUAUUAGUCAAUCAAUAGAAAAUGUCCCCAGUCAAUCCAGGGAAGAUGAAACUAGUGAUUCUGGGAAGUCUGUAGAGAGCUCAUCCAGGGGACAAUCUAGAGAGAACCUCAACAGCCAUUCUAGAGAAGAUAUGCAUAGCCAAUCCAGAGAAGAUGAUAAGCACACCCGCUCCAGGGAGCAUGAUAAGCACAACCAGUCUAGGGAAGAUGAUAAGCACAGCCAGUCCAGGGAAGAUGAUAAGCACAGUCAGUCCAGAGAACAUGAUAAGCACAGCCAGUCUAGGGAAGAUGAUAAGCACAGUUGGUCCAAAGAAGAUGCAAUCAGAGGGCAUAGUCAGAGCCAGUCUAAAGAGAACAUGGGCAGCCAUUCCAGAGAAGACAAACAUAGCCAAUCACGGGAAGAUGAUGUUCAUAGUCAGUCCAUAGAACUCUCUAGACAAUCAAGAGAGAAUGAAAACACAGUCUCUAAAGAAAAUAUAAAGAGUGACUCCACUGAAGAUACCAGAAACUCCCAAGAAAAAGUUGUGCAAAAGUCUAAAGAGACAGAAGAGGGAUCAAAUGAGCACAGUCCUAGCAAAUCUCAGGAGAGUCACUCUGUUGAAAAAGCAGGAAACAUGCCACCAAGAGCUGCUGAAUCCAGAGAAUUCAAGUGGCAUCACAGCAAAUCAAGUGAGAAGAGCUCUUCUAUGGAAGAGAGUGAAGAAUCAGCUGAAGACACAAAAGAAUCCAUUGAGGAUGACAGCAAAUUGUCUCAAAGUUCAUCAUCUGAGAGCAGCAAAGUAUCUGAAGAAAGUGCCAGCAGUGAUGACAGCAAAUUGUCUCAAAGUUCAUCAUCUGAGAGCAGCAAAGUAUCUGAAGAAAGUGCCAGCAGCGAUGACAGCAAAAUGUCUCAAAGUUCAUCAUCUGAGAGCAGCAAAGUAUCUGAAGAAAGUGCCAGCAGCGAUGACAGCAAAAUGUCUCAAAGUUCAUCAUCUGAGAGCAGCAAAGUAUCUGAAGAAAGUGCCAGCAGUGAUGACAGUUCAAAUGAAGGGAACGAUCAGCAAAGUAGAUCAGCAGAAACCAGUGAAUCCAAAGAGGAAGUCAGUCGUUCUAUUGAAAGACCCAGUCAAUCCAGAGAGGAUACUAUGAGCCAAUCUGACAGCAUGGAAGACAACAGUUGGUCAAGAAGCAAGGAGCUUGAAAGUCGAAAACUAAUGCUUGACUCUUACCAUAACAAACCCUUUAGUGAUUAUGACGAUAACGAUUGCCAGGAUGGGUAUUAAUUUAAUGCAUGAAAAACAAAGAAACCCAACUUUGUUCAGUAGGUGGAGGUCAGAAUUCCUUCUUUUAAUUUAUUUAAUUGUUUUAGCAAUGUGAAAGUUGACAGGUAGUAAUGAUAAUUCUAGCGUCUCCAAUGAAGCACAAAUGCACCUGAGAAAUGUCAAAGAUGAAAUCAGUUUCUGCAAGAUUUGAUAUGCUUUGAUGGCUGUGGAAUUAAGUUCAAAGAGAAACAUGAAUUAUAGCUGGGUGAUAAUUCUCAGAAUAAACAACUGAGAAAUUUUGUAGAAACUGAAAAAGUUUGGAUAACAGUGGCAGCUGCCAGUAUGUUUCCUUCACAAACUCGGCUGUCAUUCAAUACUUUUUUAGGGGCUGAUAUUCAUUUCUUUCACACAGGCCUACUAAAAAAAGAUUCAGUUUACACACAUGCGCAUGCACAUAUGUGUUCACAACAAUCCAAAGACACGUGGGCGACUGUUGUUGUAAAUUGUGCCUAUGAUCAAUUUAAGAGGAAAUUUUCUCCUUAAGUGCACAAGCUUCCCGCCAUCAUCAUCAUCAUUAUUUUUUAAUAAGCAUAGAUACCCUGCCCCCUAAUUUGCACUGCUGAAAUCUGAUGGCACAACACAGGUCAUCCCAAGCUAGAAAACAUCCAACAACAAACCUUUUUAAAAAAUGCAGAUUUCAGUCCCAAUUCUUUGUCAUGAUGUCAGCAGAUUGUCAGCACACUUCCUAUGGGUUUAGAGGAAGAAGAGGAAUAACCCUUGGCCAAAUAAAGUUGUCUAAUGCUAGCUUCUUAAUGCAACAUCUUCUCCAUCAAGGUCCACCCAUCAGAAUGAAGGUUAAUAUCUUAGAAUGUGUUUGGUUCUUGCUAUCCUACCAUGGAAUGCCUACCAUAGAUAUUUCUAUUGAAAUAUUGGAUAAUAUAUAGAUGGGGAAAAAAACUAUUGCAAGAUGGGUUGGCUGGCUGGGUGCUCAAACAUGCUUCAUUUGUGUUUAGGGGCAGGCUUCCCCUUGAAGCAAAGCCAUCCUUAUAAGGAAUCCUUGCACCUUUUCACGGAAUGCUUAAUGACAGUAGAACAACAUAGGUACAACAUUUGUGUAUUAAGAUUAGACUCAACGGCUUGUGACUAAGUGGCACUUAAAGAAAUUUAGUUACUACAGGGACUGCACAGAAGGAGACCAAGAGAAUACAUGUCCUAUGUUAAAUUCCAAAACACUUCAGCUGGUCUGCAGCCUUAGAAAUAUCAUUAAUAAUUGGGAUGUAUGUAAUAUUUUGUAAUAAAUGUAUAGCUGUAUUGGAAAAUAUUAUAUUUUAAUCCCUUCUUUUUAUACAAGUGGACUU